GUUCAAGAUGCUGGGCAAGAGAUGGUGGCGUCCUCUGUCACACCAGGAUCAGGCAAAUCAAAGCUGGACACAUUGCCCAAAGAAGAUCUCAUCAAGUUUGCAAAAAAGCAAGUGAUGCUCAUACAGAAAGUGAAGUCAAGAUGUACAGAACUAGAGAAAGAGGUUGAAGAACUCAGAUCUAAAGCAGCUACUGGCGGAGCUGAUGAUAUUAUUCAGGCUCUCACAGAAAGACUGGAUGCUGUACUUCUGGAAAAAGCUGAAAGUCAGCAGCAGUGCGUAGCUCUGAAAAAAGAAAAUAUUCAAAGAAAGCAAGAAGCAGAGGCUGCAGUGGCUAAGACAGAAGAAUUGCAGAAGCAACUGGAGCAAUCAAGUAUUGACUCUCUGAAAGAAAUAAAAGCUCUGAAGAGUGAAUUAGCAAAUGCACAGUGCAAACACAAUGAGGACUUAAUAAAGCUGAAAAUGCAAUUAGAGGAACAAAUGGAGAAACAAAUGGGGCUGGUGGAACAGAUUGAAUGUCAUAGUGAUAGCCAAAAAGAAGUUAAAAGGUUACAAGAUGAUGUCCAAAGAAUUAAAUCGACUUACGAGGAGCAAAUUUUGUGUCUCAGCAAGCAGUUGGAAACCGUGAAUGAAGACAAAAACAAAGAAGUGACUAAUCUGCAAGAAACCAUUAAAAGCAACUCUCAGUGUUACCAUAAUGAAAUCAAAAAUCUGAUUGACCAGCUUAAAAAAUUAAAAACUCUCCAUCAGGAAGAGGUGUCCGAGUUGAUGCAUAGGAUUGAAAUAUCAUCUAAAGAAAAUGAGGAAAAGCAAAAUCAGAUAAAUCAGUUACAGCACAAUUUGGCAGAGGAGAGCUUAAUAAAAGAGAAAAAUGCGAGGGGUGAAAUGUGUACUCGUACUGACCAGCAUGAACAUGACUUGGAGCAGCUGAGAGAAGUCUUAAAUAAAAAUGUAGAAAACAAGAUACAUGUUGUAGAUACACAAGAGGAACCUUGUGUAGAAGCGGAAAUGGAAGAAAAGGUUAGGCACCUGGAGCAUUGUUUAGAAGAGCUUCAGUCCCAACAUAGUAUAUUAAAAGAUGAGUUAACUUAUAUGAGUAAUGUUAAACUAAAACUGGAAGAGGAAAUCCGUCGCAUAAAGGAUGAAUACUUUCAUGAGCGGGAAGACUUGGACUUUAAGAUCAAUGAAUUGCAGCUUACUAAAGAAGAUUACUGUUGUGUAAUUGAAAAACUCAAAUUUGAGCUUCAAGCAGCAAGACAGCACUGUGAAACCACAGUAAAAGAGCAUAAGUUAGAGACUCUGACUCUGAAAGAGCAACACGAGAGAGAAAUUUCUGAGCUAAAUGAAACUUUAUUAUCUGGUUCUGAAAAAGAAAAGAUGGCAUUAGUUUUUGAAAUGCAGGAACUUAGAGAACAACUUGAAAAGCUAGCUCAGGAGAAGGAAGAAGCAGUGUCCAGUUACAACAGCCUGAGAGAGACAAUGGAAACUCUACAGACUGAGCUAGGGGAAUCUGCUGGAAAGAUCAGCCAGGAGUUUGAAUCCAUGAGACAACAGCAAGCUUCUGAUGUCAGUGAACUGCAACAGAAACUCCGAGCUGCUUUCAAUGAAAAGGAUGUUCUUCUUGAAACUGUGAAUCGCCUCCAGGAAGAAACAGAAAAAUUGUCAUCUAAUCAGCUAGAGAUAGAAGAACUUAAAUGUAAAAUUGUUAGUCUUCAGGAGGAGAACCACAUAAUAAUAAGCUCCAUUGGCCAAAAAGACACUGCUAUGAAAGAACUGGAAGAGAAGGUCAUUGCUCUUACUGAUCAAAACAAGGAUAUUUUAAAUGAAGUAAAAUGCUUGGGCGAAGAGAGAGAAACCCUUCAGGAAAGGUGCAAGCAAGAACAAGGGAAAGUUCAGGAACUUCAGCAAGAAGUAGAUGUUGCUAACCAGUACAGUAGUGACCUGAAGAAAAAGGUGGAGGAAUUAACAGAGAGACUGAAUGAAGCUUUAACUAGGAAAAGUGAAAAUACUCAAACACUACAGCAGCUAGAAAACCAGAUUGAAUCUCUGGUGCGUGAAAAAGAGGACCUUUCAUCUGAAGCAUAUACUCUUCGUGAGGAAAAUAAGAAAAUCAUUCAGGAAAGAGGUGAAUUAAGUGAAGAGCUGGAAAAGAUUACUUCUGAAAAAGAUGGUUGGUUAGUGUUGAAAGAGCAGUCCGAAAACUUGGAGAAGAAACUACAAAUGAUGACUGCAGAAAAAGACCAUGUAGCAACGUUACUUGAAAGUGAACAAGCGCACGGAUCCCUUGUAAAAACUCAGCUGUACCACUUGCUUGAGCAAAUGGGGUCCAGCAUUUCAGAUUCUAAUGAGGAAUACGAUUCUCUUAACUUGUUACAAAUUGCAAAUGAAUGCUUGGCAAAAAUGAAAGAGCAGCAGUGCCUUGCUCUCCAGAAUGAGGAGAAAGUUCUUCAUUUGCAGCGGGAAAUUGAGAGACUAGAGGAAGAAAAUUCAGCUCAAUAUACAGAACAUAGAUCACUGAUUCAGGAUUUUGAUAAAGAAAAGGAUCUCUUGAGAGAAGAAUUGGAAGGAGUAUUGUCUGAAAAAGAAGCACUUCAACAUGAUAUCCAGGAGCUGAAGAAUGCCAGUGAAAAAACAAGGAUUGAAAAUCAAGAUCUUAUAGCUAAUAUUGAAGAGAUCACUCAAAAACUUGCUGCUUAUGAAAGUCAAAUACAAGAACAGCCAAAAGGAUCAGAAAACCAAGAUGACUUACAUUUCAUUCUGGAGCAAAAGGAAACUGAACUUAGAAAUGUGAAAGACGAACUGAGUUCUCUAAAGAAUGUAAUUGAGACAUUGACUGAGAAAACUGAUCAACAGUCUUCAGUAGCAGAGCUUCAAGAAAAAAUUGGAAGGCUGGAAAAAGAAUCUGCAGAAAAAGGGGAGAAGCUAAAUAAAAUUAAGGUUGUUGCUGUGAAAGCAAAGAAAGAAUUAGAUGCCAGCCGAAAAGAGGUGCAGACUCUGAGGGAAGAAUUGGAAUUGGUUCGAUCAGAAAAAGAUCAGUUGUCUGCUUCAAUGAAAGAUGUCAUUCAAGGAGCUGAAAGCUAUAAGAAUCUGCUGAUGGAAUACGAUAAGCAAGGAGAGCAGCUGGAUUCUGAAAAAAGCAGAGCAAAUAAUCUUGAACGUCAAAUAGAUGACCUCACAAGACAGCUACAGGUGUCAUCCCAGCAGCAUGAUCAGUUACACUCUACUAAUGAAGACCUCCUGGCUCGUGUUGAAACACUACAACAUAACGCUAAGCUGCUGGAAGCUCAGAUACUGGAGAUACAAAGAGCCAAGGCAAAGGCUGACAAAGAACUAGAAGCUGAAAAGCUUCUAAAAGAACAGAAAACAAAGGAACAUAGUAGUGCUCUCAAAGAAAUGGAGGAGCUUCAGAUGCAACUUCAGAAGGAAAAGAAGCAUCUGCAGAAAACUAUGCAAGAACUAGAGCUGGCCAGAAAGGAUGCUCAGAAGAGUACACUGAUGGAUAUGGAAAUAGCUGAUUAUGAAAGACUAGUAAAAGAACUUAAUCAGAAGAUUACUGAUAAAGACAGCAGAAUAGAAGAUCUCGAGCAAGAGACGGGGAUUCAGAAACAGAAGCAAGAGACCUUACAGGAAGAAAUAAAGUCACUUCAGUCAACUAUGCAACAGGAUGAGGAAAGAAGUGCCAAGAUAAAACAACUCCUGGUGAAAACAAAAAAAGAACUGGCUGAUUCAAAACAAGCUGAAAAUGACCAUCUAAUGUUGCAGGCAUCAUUAAAAGGGGAACUGGAAGCCAGUCAACAACAAGUGGAAGCCUAUAAGAUUCAAGUGGCUGUUCUGACAUCGGAAAAGCACAAAGUUCAGGAACACUUGCGAACUUCCUCAGAGCAACACCAGCGUACGUUGAGCGCUUACCAGCAAAAAAUGGCAACCUUGCAAGAAGAGUGCAGAGCAGCCCAGGCUGAACAAGCAUCUGUUACAUCUGAAUUCGAGAGCUACAAAGUCCGUGUUCAUAAUGUUCUAAAACAGCAAAAGAAUAAAUCUGCUUCUCAGACAGAAUCUGAGGGAGCCAAGCAAGAAAGAGAGCAGUUGGAAAUGGUGAUAGAUCAACUUAAAGUUAAGCUGCAAGAUGCUCAGCAUAAUUCACAGAUGAAUGCAUCUGAACUCCAGGCAUUGCAGUCUGAACACGACACGCUGCUGGAAAGACACAAUAAGAUGCUGCAAGAGACUGUUGCAAAAGAGGCAGAACUCCGUGAAAAGCUCUGCACAAUACAAUCUGAGAACAUGGUCAUGAAAACAGAGCAUGCCCAGACUCUGAGUCAGCUGACAGCCCAGAAUGAAGCUCUCCGGAACAAUUUCAGAGAUCAAGUCAGGAACCUGCAGGAAGAGCACAGGAAGACAGUAGAGACACUUCAGCAGCAGCUGUCCAGAGUAGAAGCUCAGCUCUUCCAACUCAAGAGUGAACCAAGCACUAGAGGUCCAGCUGUUUCAAAUCCGGCAACAAAGAACUGCAGAGAACGGCGAAACAAUGACCUUCCCGUUCUUGACGUGCACAGUGUAGCUAGGGAAGAGGGAGAAGGUAUGGAAACAACAGACACAGAGUCUGUCUCUUCAGCCAGCACCUACGUACCAUCCUUGGAACAACUUUUGAACUCCCCAGAAGCAAAACUUGAACCGUCCCAGUGGCAAACAGAACUCACCAAGGAUGAACUAAUUCAGAAACUGAACACAACAGCAAAGAGUGCUGAUCACUUGAAUGAAUUACUUCGUGAAUCGGAAGCAACCAAUGCAAUCCUGAUGGAACAAAUAAAGCUUCUUAAGAAUGAAAUAAGAAGAUUGGAAAGAAAUCAAGAGAGAGAAAAGUCUGUGGCUAAUCUAGAAUACUUGAAGAAUGUUCUGUUGCAGUUCAUAUUUCUGAAAUCAGGAAGUGAGAAAGAAAGGCUGCUCCCAGUGAUAGACACCAUGUUGCAGCUCAGCCCUGAAGAGAAGGGGAAGCUAGUUGCAAUUGCCCAAGGUGAGGAAGAGAGUACCUCACGGCCCUCCGGGUGGGCUUCAUACCUCCACAGCUGGUCGGGACUUCGAUGAGGCGGUG